AUUUGAAGUUUUGGUACGAUGAAUGGUGGACAUCAUUUCUGAAGUUACAUAAUUUAUGGAAUUCUAGCUAGGAAUAAACGCCACUUCACAAAAUGAUUGCGCUAUCACUGAGUCUGCCCAUACUUCUGCAACUUUCUCUGACUGGAACCACAUAUGCCCUUCAGUGCUAUAAUUGCUCUAGCAUUGCUGAUCCUGACGAAUGUUUGACAAUAACAGAGUGCCGUGCUGGUCAGUCUUGUUACAUGGAAUCUAAAGCAUCAGGACAAGCAAACACCCUAGGAUGUACAGAUAAUCAGCAAUGUGGUGUUACCGGAAAUGUCGCUGGUAGCUUUGUUGGUCGAGACCUUAGUGGAAGGCAAGCACCCGACUGUCACGAAUGUUGUAGUACCGAUACAUGUAACAAGAACCUCUGUGAACACCUGAAACCUGGAAGAUGCAUUGACGACGUAAAAGUUGAUUGUGCUUGGAUGAAUUCUUUCCUUAAUAUAUGCAAGGAUAUUCAUCAUGCGAAAUUAAUCUGUCCCAAGUUCUGUUCUCUCUGCUCAUUGGUGGAUGGAAAUUGGGCUAGCUGGUCUCCCUGGUCAGAUUGUGACGUUACGUGUGAAAACGGGACUCAGACUAGAACACGGACAUGUACUGACCCUGCGUCGGCGGAUGGCGGACUUGAUUGCAUCGGAUCUAAUACUGACACUAAACCAUGCUUAAAGCAACUUUGUCCAGUACACGGAGGAUGGACUACAUGGUCGAACUGGAACACAUGUUCGGUGACAUGUGGUGUAGGCAUCGAGAAACGGCAUCGGAACUGCUCGAACCCUGAACCUGACAGGAAUGGGCACCAAUGUUUUGGGGAUACAUUAGAUGACAGAAUAUGUUUACCCGGUCCAUGUGCAAAUGGCGGUUGGUCGGACUGGGGACAGUGGAGCACGUGUACUGUGUCAUGUGGAGAUGGUUUGCAGUCUAGAUCACGAACAUGUACAAAUCCUCGCCCCUCGCCUCUGGGGAAAAACUGUGAGGGAGACCCGUUAGAAAAUGUUUUGUGUAGAAAAGACGUCUGUACCCCGAAUAUCGUUUUCAAAGCUAAAGGCGUUACAGAUAUAACACCUACCAGAGGACAAACUAUGAUCUUUGGAACUACACUAGUGAAUGAGAGACACGCCUACAACACAUCGACUGGAAUCUUCACAGCUCCUGUCAGCGGCACUUACUCUUUCAGUACACAGUUUUGUGUUUAUUCUUCAAAAUAUAUCACUAUAGCUAUUAUAGUAGAUGGAAUUACAUAUGCCUCUCUGUACGUAUAUGAUAAAGACUCGGUCCCAUGUGAUACAGCUGAUACAGUUGCUGUACUUCAAGCACAAUCGGAAGUCUGGGUCAAGUGUACUGGUGCUUAUUCGGGUAACGUUGUCUAUGAAGCUAGUGACCGAAUGAACUCUUUCUCUGGAUAUCUUAUACACCAGUAGAUUUCUGUAAUGUUUACAGGUUGUCAUUUUAAACGCAUGAUAUAUUAAUAGAAUAAAUAAAACAACUGAUACACUUCUUCGCAGCAGUUUUUUUUUUUUUUUUUUUUUUUCGCAAAUUGCGGCCUUAAUUUCCAAGAUCUAGAAUUAAACAACAGUUAUUCUUAAAGUCUUCGAGUGUGGUAGCAAGGACGUUUA